AUGGGAAUAUCCCACACACAAACGGGAACAAUCUCCACAGAUCCGCGAUCAGAUGCACGCUCCGUCGUCAGCGCGUCACUUCGGAUAGCCGAAGGAAAAGCGACGGUGAAGGAAAAAAACAUGGCGAAAGGAACGACGACGAUUGAUGUCGGAGCGGACGGAGUUGCUCUCAUCACCAUCAUCAAUCCUCCCGUCAAUUCCCUCUCCUUCGACGUGUUGUACAGCUUGAAAGAAAGCUAUGAUCAGGCAUUACGCAGAGAUGAUGUCAAGGCAAUUGUUGUUACCGGUGCAAAGGGAAAGUUCUCUGGUGGAUUUGACAUCAGUGCUUUUGGCGGAGUUCAGACCGGAAAGGUGGAUCAACCAAAGCCUGGUUACAUAUCAAUUGACGUACUUACAGAUACUGUUGAAGCUGCAAGAAAGCCUUCUGUUGCUGCAAUUGAUGGCCUUGCCUUGGGCGGUGGACUGGAAGUUGCAAUGGCUUGCCAUGCUCGAAUCUCAACCCCUACUGCACAAUUGGGCUUGCCUGAACUUCAACUUGGAAUUAUUCCUGGAUUUGGAGGAACACAGAGACUUCCACGUCUUGUUGGGAUCUCAAAAGCCCUUGAAAUGAUGCUGACGUCGAAACCAGUGAAAGGAACUGAAGCUCAUGGUUUGGGCCUUGUGGAUAGUCUAGUUUCUCCUAAUGAGUUGGUUUCCUCUGCACGCCGCUGGGCCCUAGACAUGGUGGAGGGCAAAAGACCAUGGGUUGCUAGCCUUUACAAGACCGAUAAGUUGGACUCAUUUGGAGAGGCAAGGGAGAUUUUCAAAUUUGGAAGAGCACAAGUGCGGAGACAAGCUCCCAACCUUCAACAUCCUUUAGUUUGCAUUGAUGUUGUGGAAACAGGCAUAAUUUCUGGUCCCAGAGCUGGUUUGUGGAAGGAGUUUGAAUCUUUCCAAGAACUCGUCCGUUCUGACACCUGCAAGAGUCUGGUUCACAUAUUCUUUGCUCAGCGUGGAACUACUAAGGUUCCUGCAGUCACAGACCUGGGAUUGAAGCCCAGACGAGUGAAUAAGGUUGCCGUUAUUGGUGGAGGACUGAUGGGUUCUGGAAUAGCUACUGCAUUAGUCCUAAGUAAUUAUCCUGUUAUUUUAAAAGAAAUCAACGAGAAGUUCUUGCAGGCUGGGCUGGAUAGAGUCAAAGCCAAUUUGCAGAGCCGAGUGAAGAAAGGAAAGAUGACUCAGGAAAAGUUUGAGAAAACUUUUUCUCUUCUUAAGGGUGCUCUUGAUUAUGAAAGCUUUAGAGAUGUGGACAUGGUCAUAGAGGCUGUAAUUGAAAACGUCUCAUUGAAGCAACAAAUCUUUGCGGACCUCGAGAAGUACUGCCCACCGCAUUGCAUACUUGCAAGCAACACUUCCACAAUUGACUUGAACUUGGUAGGCAGCAAGACAAGGUCUCAUGAUAGGAUCAUCGGAGCCCAUUUCUUUAGUCCGGCUCAUAUCAUGCCACUCCUGGAAAUUGUUCGCACCAACAAGACUUCUCCUCAAGUUAUUGUCGAUCUACUAGAUGUCGGUAAAAAGAUCAGGAAGACUCCAGUUGUUGUUGGGAACUGUACUGGGUUUGCAGUCAACAGAAUGUUCUUCCCUUACACACAAGCUGCUCUUUUACUUGUGGAGCAUGGAACUGAUCUUUAUCUCAUCGAUAAGGCUGUUACCAAAUUCGGAAUGCCAAUGGGCCCUUUCCGGUUGGUUGACUUGGUUGGUUUUGGUGUGGGAGUUGCCACUGCAAUGCAGUUUAUCGAGAAUUUCCCAGAGCGAACCUACAAGUCUAUGGUUAUUCCUCUAAUGCAAGAGGAUAAGAGAGCAGGUGAAACUACUCGCAAAGGAUUCUACCUCUACGAUGACAAACGCAAAGCACGUCCAGAUCCUGAGGUGAAGAAAUAUAUUGAGAAGGCACGAAGCAUUUCUGGCGUUUCAGUGGAUCCCAAGUUAGCUAAAUUAUCGGAGAAGGACAUAAUCGAAAUGAUAUUCCUCCCCGUGGUCAACGAGGCCUGCAGAGUUUUCGCCGAGGGCAUUGCAGUUAAAGCUGCAGACCUCGACAUAUCAUCUGUCAUGGGAAUGGGUUUCCCUCCUUACAGGGGAGGCAUUAUGUUCUGGGCGGAUUCACUAGGAUCGAAGUACAUCUACACGAGAUUGGAGGAAUGGUCCAAGACUUUCGGCGGCUUCUUCAAGCCCUGUGCUUUCUUGGCUGAGCGAGCUGCCGCGGGUGCUCCUCUGAGUGCUCCAGUGGAGCAAGCGAAAUCGCGGAUGUAGGACUCUCGGUCUCGAGCACGAUGAAAUACGAAUCACCCGUGAGUGUGGAGAAAUUUUCCAAAGAAAUUAUCUCCUCUUUGUCUUACCAGCAGAAUAAUGUCUCGAUGACAGAGAACUGGGGAGAAAGAAACAUAUUUUAAGAAACGAGAACUAGUAGAAUAAUACUUCUUGUUUAGAAUUAGUCAAAAUCUGGAUGUGAUUUUAUGGCAUCUAUUUCCAGAGCUGUUCUUCUUCUGCGUCAGCCUGGAGGCUCAUAUUAUAUGAACCACAGUAUUUCCAGACCUGAGCAAUGCUUUUUUUUUUUUUUUUUGCUUAGCGGGGAAACAAUUUACUGCUACAAGACAGCAAAUUUUAAUAUUUUCAAGGUACUGAUUUCAAAGUUCAAACUAAACAGUUUAGGCUCGUCAUUUAGUAUAAACUGUAUAAUUGUAAGGGUAAAUGACACAUUUGGUC